CAUCGGAUACAUGAUAGGUUGCCACAGAAAGGAACUGUAGCAAGACAUGAACUGGAUGAAAAAAAAAUGUCUUCACGUUUUUACGUAACGGUGCAACCGAAAACCGUCGUUGCAGAAUCGUGAAAGUUUCGCCACGUAUGAAAUUUAAGAUGAUCAGAAUUCGACUUGAGUUCAAGUCAACUAAUUCUGAGUAGAGUAACCCAUUGUCCUUUCGAAUUAUAAUAUCUUAUCCAUAAUGUAGAUGGAAUAGAAGGAUUUGACCAGGUAAAGUGUCUGGGCUUUAUCUUCAAAGAUGGGAUGAUUACUUUGAAAGACGAAGGAUUUAUGAGAUUUCAGUUUAAAAAAUGGCAAAAUUAGGAGUCUUUAAGGCGAUAAAAAUUGUUACUCUUUCGGUAAGUUUUAAUUUUAAUUUUAUUACAAAUCUACAACUUUAUAUUACAAUAAAGAUAUUAUUACUACAAAAUAAAAGUUAAAGAUAAUAACGUAGAUGUUAAUAAUUAAAUGAUCAAUCUUAUCUUAUUUAAAAUUUUGUCCUUUUAAUUCAAUGAAAGAAAUCAGAUUUCUGAGGAAUCUGAUAAUUCCACAUUCUUAGAUUAUGCGUUAAUCCAAACGAUUCAUCGAGAAUAAUGGCGUCGAUCCUCCUUCGGGGGAUUGAUCGAUCGACUUUUAAUUCCCACCGACACAGGUCGAUCGCGCGGUCUAACAAAGAAUUUUCGUGACGAGUGUGCUAGAAAAAUCGUUUUAGAAAGGCGUAUUAGCCACGCGUACCUCUACCUUCUUGCCGGCGGUGCAGUAUUGCAUCGCUAACUGCUCCUACAUACAUCUCUAUAUUUACGUACGUGCGUAUGUGUAUGAGUGAGCGGGGUAUCGCAUGUAAAUGUGCGACACAUAUAUACACAUCUAAUUCGUCUCGGUAAAAUGCAAUGCUGUGAGAAAAGACUCCACCGGUAUAAAAGGGGGUGUGUCUCGUAAGGUCCGCAUCAGUUUCCGUAGUGAUCUCCGCAUCGCCACAUCAUUAUCGUCACCAUGAACGCUAUAGUUUUGUUAGCUAUUCUCAGCCUGGCAAUGCCCAUUUAUGGCGAGGAGACACAGGUAGAGAAGAAACAGGAUAAGAGAGGCGUGCUGGGAUUAGGUUACGGUUACGGAGGAAACACCCUGAUUGCGGGAUCGGCUUAUGGAGGCUACGGGCAAAGUUACAUCGGCGGCGUUGCUCCGGCUUACUACUCGGGUCAUGGUAUUCCCGUCGCCCCUGCCUAUGGUUACAGCGUGCCCAUAGCGUCCCACGGUUACAACGCGCCUCUGUACGCGCCUUAUCGUGUCGGUUAUCCCGGUGAUCUGGGAUACGGCCGGUCGAAUUUAGGAGGACUCGGACACGGCGCCGGACUGGGAUACGACGCGAGAGGUCUUGGAUACAAUACGCGUAUCGGACACGGAGCUGGACUCGGAUACGGCACGGGGUUGGGUCUCGGCGCCGGUCUCGGCGCUGGUCAUCUCGGUGCCGGCUACGGCCACGGAUUGUGAAGACGCGGGCGACUAAUGGAUUAUCCGACGCACAUAAUGUCGCGAAACGUCGAUAUGAUUCCUCGGUUUCCUUAUCAACUUUGUUCCUACAUUGAACAUUGAUCCCUCCCCCCCCCACCCUCUUUCCAAGAUUUAUAUUGUGCGACUUUUAAAUAAACUUUAUAUUUUUUAGUAAUUUACAGUAUUCCUUUUUAUGCUUCUAUUAUAACAAGGAUAACAAGUUGUUCGUAUCUGUCAUUAAUUUUUUAUAAGCAUAUAAAAAUUACAUAUUAUAAAUUAUGUAUAUUUUAACGUCUCUAAAAAGUAUUUGCAUAAUUGUUAUAACUUAAAAAAAAUAUUAUUACUAAUUGUAACCGAUAAAAACAGAGAAUGUGUGUUUUCACGUAACAAUUCAUAACUUUGAAACAAAUGUGAUUUAAGGAAAAAUGCUUUUAUACCUUAAAGUUGACAUUCCAAACUGAAUUAAAAAGAAAAGUUGAGUGUCGGCUGUUGAAAAAGUUGAGUUAUUCAGUAAUAUAAAAAUGAGGUUUUUUUAAUAUACGUAAAUAAAUAUAAAUGGAAGAUAUAUUGCAUUUACAUUUUAAAUAAUGCAUUUUAUUAUUGAUAUUACAAAAACUGACAAUUAACUAGAAGAAUAUGUUAAGAACAUCCUUAGAAGAAUAUGCUGUAUAUAAGAUAAAACAUUCCGAAUGUACGGUGAGUGACCGAAUAUUAAUGAUAAAU